AUGAAAAACUACAGUCACACGGUGCCCACAGAAUUCAUUCUUCUUGGACUAUCAGAUGACCCAGAGCUUCAGCCUGUGAUUUUCCUCUUUUUACUCAUCACAUACAUACUAAGUGUCACUGGGAAUUUGACCAUCAUCACUCUCACUAUGGUGGACUCCCAUCUGCAGACCCCUAUGUAUUUCUUCCUCAGGAACUUCUCUGUACUGGAGAUUUCCUUCACAACAGUCUGCAUCCCUAGAUUUCUAGGCACAAUCAUCACCAAAGACAAAGCCAUUUCAUACAAUAGUUGCACAGCUCAGUUGUUUUUCUUCAUCUUCAUGGGCAUCACUGAAUUUUAUCUUCUAACAGCCAUGUCCUAUGAUCGCUAUGUAGCCAUCUGCAAACCUCUUCAUUAUACAACCAUCAUGAACAGGAGAGUCUGCAUAAUGCUUGUGUUUUUUGCUUGGCUAACAGGAUUCCUAAAUAUCUUCCCACCAGUUAUUCUUUUCCUUCAGUUAGACUACUGUGGCUCCAAUGUCAUUGAUCACUUUGCUUGUGACUAUUUCCCCCUCUUGCAAUUAUCCUGCUCAGACACAUGGCUCCUAGAAGUGAUUGGUUUUUACUCUGCAUUAGUGAUCCUGCUCUUCACUUUGGCACUGAUCAUUCUAUCCUACAUGUUCAUCAUCAAGACAAUUCUCAAACUACCUUCAGCCAGUCAGAGAAAAAAAGCAUUUUCUACAUGCUCCUCUCAUAUGAUUGUCAUUUCUAUUUCCUAUGGAAGCUGCAUAUUCAUGUAUGCUAACCCCUCAGCCAAAGAAAAAGCAUCACUGACCAAAGGUGUGGCUAUUCUGAAUACUUCUGUUGCCCCUAUGAUGAAUCCAUUUAUAUACACACUAAGGAACCAACAAGUGAAGCAGGCUUUUAAGGAGACCAUCCACAAGGUUUUGUUUUUCUCUGGUAAAUGA